GGUUGUUCUUCUGGUGAUCUUUCUUGCAGAGGGAGUUUUCUUCUGGAGGCAUGAAUCUGCUUAUCCCAUUAAAUAACUUCUGUCUGCUGAUGACUCACUCGCACACUGAUAUCUCCAGCCCUCUUCGCUCUACUGCUUCUUUGACAUCUCUGCUUGGAUGUCUUCAAGGCGUAUCACACCACCACUUCUGAGGCGGCAGAGUUCUCCACCACCAACAGAGAUGAUCUCUUCUCCUCCCCAUCUUGGCCACUAGCAUCCAGGCACCUGGAAAUUGUGCCGAGCCAUUUAUUCCAAGCCUCAGAGAUUUAGAUAAAGGAAACUGCAGUUUUUGCCAUAAAAAGACAGGUGGCCUCCUCUGAGCGCCGGUUUGUGGCUGAGUCGGUGACGUCAGUGUGGCAGUGCAGAGUCAGGUGUCUGGCUCCCUAUAAGCCCAGGAGCUGUCCGAGUGCUGAACGAACGGCCCCGGGAGCUCUCCAGCUUGGCCAGGAGAACAAGCUGUGGACCUUCUCUGCCAUAUAAAAACAAUUAAGAGGAAUUCUCCAUGGCAGGAACCAAGACUCAUUGGCUUGGAGGAGUCUUAUCUUUCUUCCUUUUAAUUUUCCUCAUUUAUGGGGCUGAAGGAGCUUCACUUCAGAGAAACCUACUGUUUCAGAAAGAACCAGAUCACAGAGUGGAAAAUGUCCAAAAGUUCCCCAGUCCUGAAAUGAUCAGGGCUCUGGAGUACAUAGAAAAGCUCAGACAGCAAGCUCACAAAGAAGAAAGCAGUCCAGACUACAGUCCCUACCAAGGUGUUUCACUUCCCCUUCAGCAGAAAGAAAAUGGUGAUGAAAGUCAAUUGCCAGAAAGUUCAAGGGAUCUCCUGAGUGAAGAUGAGUGGAUGAAGAUAAUACUUGAAGCUUUGAGACAGGCUGAAAAUGAGCCUGCACCCAAAGAAAGCAAGCUCUAUGGCUUAAAUUCAGAAAAGAACUUUCCAAUGGACAUAGUUGAUGAUUAUGAGGCUCAACAGUGGCCCGAGAGAAAGCUCAAGCACCUGCGAUUCCCUCCUAUGUAUGAAGAGAAUUCCAGGGAGAGCCCUUUUAAACGCACUAAUGAAAUAGUGGAGGAACAGUACACGCCCCAAAGUCUUGCUACUCUGGAAUCUGUUUUCCAAGAGCUGGGGAAACUGACAGGACCAAACAAUCAGAAGCGUGAGAGGGUGAACAACGAGCAAAAGCUAUAUGCAGAUGAUGAGGAUGAUAUUUACAAGGCUAACAAUAUUGCCUACGAAGAUGUGGUUGGGGGAGAAGAUUGGAACCCGGUGGAAGAGAAACUAGAGAGCAAAGCCCAGGAGGAGGUGAGAGACAGCAAAGAGAAUAUGGAAAGAGAUGAGCAAAUCAGCAAUGAAAUGAAACGUUCAGGGCAGCCAGACCUCCAGGGUGAAGAUCUUCAGAAAUUAAGUAAUGACCAAAUCUCAGAUGACGUCUCCAAACUCUUUGCUUAUCUAAACAGGUUAGUGAGCGCUGUAGGUGGUGGGAGGUCACCAGUUGGGCAGAAUGGGGAUAGGGCCACCAGGCUUUUUGAGAAACCACUUGAUUCCCAGUCUAUUUCUCAGCUGAUUGAACUCUCCAGGAAUUUGCAGAUACCUCCUGAAGACCUAAUUGACAUGUUAAAAAAUGGAGAGAAGCCAAAUGGGUCGCUGGAACCAGAGCAGGACUUGGAACUUCCUGAGGAUCUGGAAGACAUCUCGGAGGCUGACUCAGACCAACCUAACCUGCCACAGAAUAAGAUGUUCUCCAAGGGUGGGUACGCCCAAGCACCUGGCCACUUGAUGGCAGACACUGUGCCAGAUGGGCUCACUGUUGAGGACAUUUUAACCCUUUUAGGGAUAGAGGAUCCUGCAAACCAGAAGUCUCCCUAUUUUCCCAACCAGUAUAACCGAGAGAAGAUCCUGUCAAGACUCCCUUAUGGUCCAUGGAGGUCUCGGGCAAACCAGAUUCCCAAAGCUGCCUGGAUGGCUGAUGCUGAAGGCAGACAGAUGUCAUAUGGAAGCCUGAAUGAUAAGGAUCAAGAUAUAGAAGAGUCUUUGGCCAGAAUGCUAGUGAAAUAUCCUGAGCUCAUGAAUCCUAACCUGGUGAAGCGAGGUCCUGGCCAAGCGUCAUCUGAAGAUGACCUAGAGGGUGAGGACCAAAUUGAGCAGGCCAUCAAAGAGCACCUGAGUCAGGCAAGUUCUCAGGAGACUGACAAAAGGUCCCCAAAGAAUGAUGAUCCCCUAAACGGACAGUACUUGGAUGAAGACCUGUUAAUGAAAGUGCUGGAAUACCUCAACCAAGAGAAGGCAGAAAAGGGAAGGGAGCACACUGCCAAGAGGGCAAUGGAAAAUAUGUAAGCAGCUUUCUUGCCCUGUCCUCCUCUCACUCCUUACACCCCAAGAAAAAUCCUAGUAUUUCUCUCUCUCGUGUUGACCUCUAUCCUGUUGACGCUGGAUUAUCUUUAAAUGAUGUACUGGCAGAUGAUUCCAGUUGCUUGGUGUCUGCCACCCUUACCCUGAGCUGUUCUCUUGUGUGUGGAUAUGUGUACAUGUUAUGACUACUGGAUUAAAUAAUUAAUCAUAUCCCUUAUUCAAGUAAGGUGUCUAUGGUCUAUGACAGUGUUUAAUAGUGUCUGUAAUGGUUGUGGCAUUGUUAAUGCUCAUGUAUGAUAAAGAGUGUCCUAGAAUCCUCUUGAAAGUUUUUAAUAUUUAUUGAAUUAUUUUGUUACUGUCUGUAGUGUUUUGUGGAGUACUGGAGCAAAGAUAAUAAAGCACUAUAAAUAUAUAGUUUUAUUUAUAAGGCCUUUUCCAUUGUGUGUUUUAUUGUUGAUGAAUAAAUGGUAUUUCUGGACA